GGGGGCAAUAAAAUGGCGCAGGGGGCGGAGUGAGGCGCAGUCGUCCACCCAGGCUUUGGCCCGGCUUCCGGAGUGAUGUUUGGCCACUUUCAAGGGUAUUUCUCAUGUUCUUCCAUUCCACGUGGGAAGCCAAGGGAAGUCUUCCAUGCAUAAUAAGGAAGGUGGGAGUCAAUCAUUUUGACAAGUCUUCUGAAAGGAACAGCUAGCAGGAGCUGCAACCUUUUUCCAUUUGGUCUCGUGGCAAAGGCAGAGAUCUCCAGCAGCUCUACACAAUAUGACGUGCUCGUUAGUGCCCUCUGAACAGUCUUCUGGUACCUAUCUCUUGCCUAAAGACAGUGCCCCAUUUUCUUGGAGUUCCUUGGAUGAGGAUGGAUUGGAUGACUCCUUGCUGGAUCUAUCUGAUGGAGAAGAAGAUGAUGGCCAUUUCAGUUACACGGAGGAACAGAUUGAGGAGCUCUUGAAGGAUGAUGACUCAUUCCCAUCAAAUGAGCUCUCUUCUUGGGGAGGAGGGUCGUGUAAAGAUGAUGGCGGGCAUGUUGAGAAGGAAGGGAGAGGGAGUCCAAUUUUACUUGAUACUUCCCAAGAGAAAAAUUCAUUGUACAGCUUGGCACCAGUAGCUGAGACCCCUGGCCCCUUCAUACUACCUCAGCUAAGUACAUCAGUUGGUCAUGGACCAACUACUACUAAACCAUUAAAUAGACACUUUGCACUAGAAAAGAAUCUUAUAAAAGUAACUGUUGCACCAUUUAAUCCAACAGUUCCUGAUGCUAUGCUUGUUAAGGACAAGACUGAUUCAUGCAAAGAUUCUGAAAAACCCUCCUCCCUUAGGGAAGAGAUGAGAGAAGAUGGUCUUAUCCCAAAUGAGAGCAAACUUUGCACUGAAUCUGAAGGGAUCAGCCCCCAUAACUCUGCCUGGGAUGGGCCCCCACUCCCUUCUCUUUCAAACAAUAACUUCCAACAGACUGUCCCAGAUAAAAAUAUACCUAACAGUAAGAAACGUACAACUGUAUUCUCUCAGAUCUCAGACCAUUCAGAGACUCCUCCUAGUAUGGGGUCAUCUUGGAGAAAAGGUGGCUCCCGUAAAUCAAGUUGUGAAAUGAGGUUUCCGGUUGUUUCCAGUUUAUCAAAGAAACAGGAUGUUCCUGACAAGGAUUCUGCAAAGAUUCUGGGCAAAGUCAUUCCUGUUCAACAAACCAAAAGCAGGACUAAUGUUCCAACGUUUUCACAAUCAGAUCUGGAACAACAGAAGCAAAUUUAUCUCAAGCAUGUCAUUGCUCAUAUAAAAGACCCAGAGGACUCUAACCAAGGUCCCUUCGGGGAGCUAUGUGCCUUGAUGGAUCAAGUUCAUCAUAUGCCGAACUCAAAAUGGCAGCAUCCAUCGGACCUCACCAUGCGGAACUAUGCCCGGUUCCGACAGAAACCUCUGCAAAGAUACAGUCUGACUCAGUGGGUUGACAGGAACAUGCGAAGCCACCAUCGGUUCCAGCGUCUCCCAGACUUCUAGUACAGUCCAUUUGCUCAUCCCAUCAGCAGUGAUGUUCCCUAUCCAGGGUCCUGUCUAGAGCAGAAUCUCAUUUUCUUCCACUGUUUCGUGCUAUGUAGGUUUUUAAUUUUAUUUUUCAUAAGAUUUUUAUUUAAAGAAUUUGUUACCUUUUGGAAAUGCCCAUUGCUGACUUGAAUUUUUUUGUAUGAGGUCCCUACUGAUUUUGUGCGUGUGUGUAUGUGUGUGUGUGUCUGUCUAUGUGUAAGCAGUGUUAAGUUGAUAUCGUUUUUUUAUUUUUAAUUUAAAUUGAAGGUGACUGCCUCCUGAAAGCCAGCAUAAAGCCAAAACAAACACCCAGGCUUAAGUAAAGCACCCACCUUUAUGCAGAGGUGAAGUCUACUUCUGGUGCCCGAAAGAAGUAAUCUUUUAAUCUCCUGUAUGGAAGAGAUUCUUUACCUGGCUACAAGCCAGUGUUAAUUAUUACCAAAGACUUGUGAAUGGAUAUAAGUCACGUUUAACAACCCCUCUUAUUUUUUUAUUUGAAUCUCUGAAUACCUGUCCGUAUUUUAAAGUUGGCAAUCCAGGACACACUAAGUAGGAUGGAGAAGGAGAAAAAUCCUGUUGAAAGGACAGAUAAAAAUUAUUAAGUUCUCUCCUCUCCUUUGUGUACCUACUAGCUGCCUUUAUUUAUUUAUUUUUUUAGCUUUGUUUUUUUUAUUCUUUGUUAAACUUAAUUUGCAUAGUAGUGUUUACAAAUCUUACACAUCUUAACUCUGACAGAAGACUGCUGACUGACCCCUGUUGAAUACCUUAUGGUCUUGUGACUGUCUCCUCUGCCCUGAUUCAAGGAUUUUCCUUCUCUUUUUUCCACCCUUAGUUACCACCCUGACUCUUAAGUGUCUAUCUGCGGUAUUCCUAUAUCCUGUUAGACAUGGAUAUGUUUCUUCAGAACGGCCCCCCUGCUCUCUCCAUUGAAGAGCUGCCCACCCAGAGUCUUGAUUCUGGGACAGGCCAUUGCCACUGAAGAGUCAGUUGGUUUUCACUUUCAUCUGCUGAACUUGAAGUAUCAAGUAUGGGUGUUAAUCAGGGAGCUUCCAUCCUGUGGCAGAGAUUUUGGAGAGGCAUUCUUUUGUCUCCAUUAUUGGUUAACAAGAGGUGCCUUUAGACCCUGGAUGUUACACCAUCUCCUCACUUGGUCAAGCCCCUGUCAUAUAGUUUCAUGUAACUGCUAAAGAGAGUCUAAUAUAGUUGUGGUUAGGCCUAUGCACAAAAGCAUUACCUGAUCUUAAAGAUUGGUAUUCUAACUAAAGUUGACAGACUGUGCAUCUGUCUUAAUGGGUGUCUUAGGAGUUUGUUAUUCUCACUCUAUACACAGCUCUAGACAUUUUGGGAGGUUUUGCAGUCUGGCAUUUUGGGAGGUUUUGCAGUCUGCUACUGUUGUUCAUUCUCUUUGAAGGUUGUUCAUAGUUGCUGUAGCUUCUGUGUGGUUUUGUUUCAUCAGCCCUACCUUAGUAUGUGAGUAACCCAUCUUAAACAUCAUGCCCCACUUUAGAAACUGACUUGGGAAAAGCUUGGUCAUUCAAGCACCCGUAAAUUUGGAUGGAUAUUCCUAAAUGUUUACAGUUUUAUCCAGUCCAGGAUUUUCUUUUCCUUGGACAUUUGGUUUAGAUUAUGGGGCCAAAAUGCAACUGAGAAGUUCUGUUCAAGGCAAUAGUCAAAAUCUAUUAUUUCAGUUGGCAUAAUUGGCAUUUACUACGUCAGUCAGUUCUCCAGGCUGCUCUAAAGUAGCUUGAUGGAGUGAGACAUGCCAGACAUACACCUAUGGGACCAUAGCAUAAUUAAAAUUAAAUGUAGUUGGAAUAGCUAGCAUUGCAGCUGUCUAGUUUCCCACAGAUAACUUGAGGACUAAAGGGAGACAACUUUGCUUAGGCAAAAAUCUAAGACUCAUGUUCCAGCCCUCCUGGUACAGGAAGGUUUAAGACUGAAUGUGUAAUGGCAGCAUUGCCUUUGCCAAAUCAAAUGAGUGACAGGUUAACUAGAAAAUGUGACAAUCACAUUUCCUCUUAGCUCAAAUAAUUCUGUUUUUCCAAAGUUUUAGCAGCUUAAUUAAAUCUGUUGGACUGGAGGAGGAGAGAGCUGUUCUCUAGUGGUUAACAUUAGGUAUUCUUUAAGAAGAAAAAACAAAGCCAAAGAAAACUCAUUUGGCAUGUUCGCCUUAAAGAUGGUAGUGGGUAGGAUCUGGAGUUUUAAUCUCUUUUCAGAGCUGCAUAUCUCUUAUAUUUGGUGUUGGCCUCUAAGUCUAAUAUUUCAGGUGGGAUUCUUGGUGUAUUUUUUAUUUGAAUAAGGGUUAUGUGCAUUUAAUGGCCUCACCUAGCUUUCUUCAUCCAUGAUGACAUUCUCACCACAAGGGUCUUGACAAAACAGAGUAAAAAUGUGCUGCUUACAUAGUUUACUUGUAAGUAAGGAGCCUGAAAUAAUCUGUAGUUUUGCAUCUAAUACAGGUCCCGGUUUACUUGUGUUGUUGUCAGGAUCAAUUAUGAAACUGAAGUUUGGUGCCUCCUCUUUAUCAUAUUUUUUCCCUUGUAACAGUUGUGUUUAAUGUCAUUAAAAAGAAAUAAAAGUUCUUGUGAGUGGCGUA